UAGAGGUUUAGUUUCAUAUAAAAUGAGUCAGAGACGCGGAAGCACAAUAGCGUAAAGCACGCACUGACGAAGCUGGGCAGAUAUGGGUGUGCAAAUAAAAGUUGAAUACUGCGGCGGAUGAGGGUACGAGCCCCGCUUUCAGGAGCUCAAGCAGGUCGUCACUGCUGAGUUCUCUGAUGCGGACGUGAGUGGCUUCGUCGGCCGCCAAGGGAGCUUUGAGAUCGAGAUCAAUGGACAACUGAUUUUCUCAAAGCUGGAAACCAGUGGCUUCCCAUAUGAGGAUGAUAUUAUGGAUGCUGUCCAAAGAGCCUAUGAUGGCCAGCCGGUGGAGAAGAUCACCAAGAGCCGGCCUCCUUGUGUCAUCCUCUAAAGUUUCAAUACUUGACCCUUCACUAUUGGCUCUAAAAAUGUUUAGAUUAUGAAUGGUUUUGUUAACAUAAUUUAAACAUCUAGAGAAAGAGUGUAUUGAUGUAGGCUCCUUAAACGUCCCCUCCUCUUCACUCCUCCGGUCUGGUUGCUGGACGUAAAUGAUUAUCGUAACUCUAAAGUGAGCAGUUAUGGUAUGAGGCCUGCAGUCCACACAUCCUUUAAGCUAGAGGAGCAAGAUGCGGGGAUGCUGAGGAGGCCAAUGGAAGGGUUAAUGUCUUUGUUUCUUUUCUUUUUUUGUUGAAGCCACAUUGCCUACUGGGGUCACUGUUCGUCUGCUGGUUAUUUGUUUUUGUUUUGGGGAGUUUGAAGAGAAUAUACUAAUGUACUAAAACGUUUGCUGUAAGAAGGGAAUGCCUAAAGCUCGGCUCAUUAUUUUUGGGUGUGUCUGAGUAGAUAUUGUCAUUUUGCAAGUGUCCCUUCACGUGCACCAUCUCAUAUCAGCAUGAAGAGAUCUGUUGUUUUUGAGUGUUUGAAGUUCUGUAGGGAACAUUCUACACCAACUUCGCUUGGUGUCAAAGCUCAGGUGUUUUGCCUCUUGCAAGCAUUUUGCGCAGUGGUUUUUUUAAAAAUUAUUAUUAGUGUUAUAGAAUGUUUCAUCAUUAAAUCAAACCAAAUAGCUGGUUUAAGGGCAUUUAUAUGACUUGCAGACACUGCUGCAUGUUUUUUUGUGUGUGUUUUAAGAAACUACUGAAGACCCUGUUUAUGAAACAUCACUCGUGUACGGUUAAUAAAAUAAUGAGCUAUCA